UGGUUGGGCCAAAAUGCGAAAAUGCGAAAAUGCCAAAGCCAGAAGCAGAGGCCCAAGCGAAGGCAAAGCGAGAGGACUUCUUCGCCGCCUCGGACGUCUUGGCCGUUAUUAAUCAUUGUACAUUUGGCUGUCACCGAAAAAGGCCGCGAAUUCGGCAGCAACAGCCGUUGCGAGAGAGCGAGCGAGAGAGAGACAGAGAGCACGAGAGAGGGAAUAAGGAAUAGCCAAGGAGCAAGUGAGAGAGCGAGUCGUCACGCACACACACCUACGGCCACGUAAAUCGAAGCGAAAAAGAAACAAAAACGACAACUACAACUACACUUACGGACUGACCAGCGCACACACACACGUUGAACCACCACUCAGCCGCACGCGUGUGAGUGAGACCGAGAGACGAAACGCCGCUUUUCGUGGACGUGCGACUUUAAAUUCGUCGCCGUGCGGAAAUUCGCCGCGCUAAAAUCAAAAUUCACUCAAGUCCGCCGCGGUAGUUUGUCGCCGCACUUUAGCCGCUCAGGUUCGUUCACGUCACAAUAUCCUUCGACGAGCGCGAGAGAGAGGUCGCAUCAGCGAACGCACCGCACCGCACCGUAUGCCGCAUGUCCUUUCGCUGAAAUUCGCACGCCGCAGCGGUAAACAUUCGCGCACAAAGUGUUUGAUUGUCCUUGUCACCCCCCCAAACAAUAACAAUAACCGCCUUCCAUGUGAACUUGAUAAAGUAAAUUAAUCAUCGCAGGACGAAAACGCUGAAUAAACGUUAAAAGCUGUGCUUUCUAACCAAAACAAAAAGAUAAACAAUCUUCAAAUCUCCCGCCUUCGUUGGAGGGCUCAUAUCACAUUUCUCCCCGGAAGUUCCAAAAAAAGGCGCCAAGCUGUUCGACAACGGCCUCAAGUUGGAUAUUUCCAGCUACCCCCACAUGAACAUCCGCAUGGGCACCAAGGGCAAGCGGCCCCUGCGGAGCCUGACGCCCCGCGACAAGAUCCAUGCCAUCCAGCGCAUCCACGAUGGCGAGUCCAAGGCCUCGGUGGCCCGGGAUAUCGGUGUGCCGGAGUCCACGCUGCGCGGGUGGUGCAAGAACGAGGAUAAGCUGCGCUUCAUGUCCCGCCAGUCCAGUGCCGACAAACUCUGCGCCGACUCCAUGGCGGACAAGCUGGACGUGUCCGGUGGGGGUCCGCUGGGACCCAUGGGACCUCUGGGCCCGCCCGAGAAGCGCCAGCGCCUGGACGCGGGCGCUUUGCCCCUGAACUUCUCCAACAAGCUGAAGUUUGACGAGCUGGCUGGCUUCAAGCGAUCGCCUCUCAAUGGCCUGGACUACAGUACAAACAAGAACCUGACGGAGCUGAGCUACAACGGUCUGCCCGUGGACUAUGUGGCCUUCAAUGGGGUCAAGAACAAGGUGUUCGGGGCUGAUAUCAACCGACCCGGCGCUGCCGCCGAUCCCUCCCUGAACGCCAUCAGUCCGCUCUCGAGCCUGACGCAUCUCUCGGGGCUGACGGGCAUCCAGCAGAGUCCCCUGGCGAUCAGCUUCAAUGAACUGACCAACAACCUCAACCUGCUGGCACAGCUCAAUCCCGGGCUGGCGGCCAUGUCGGGGCUGAGCAGUUUCCCACCCCGAAACUCCAAUCCCAAUCCCAAUGCCAAUCAAAACCCCAAUGCCAAUCCCAAGACGCCCCUGCAGGUGCAGAGUCCCAGAAGCGAUAGUGGAGAUCGAGCUCCAUCGGGUUUAUCGGUGAAGAACUGGGCCAAGCAGAAGCCACCCGGGGAUGCGGGCAGUCUCAAUCUGAGCAUCAAGAAGGAGGUGAAGACGGGCGACAUCAAGAGUCCCAGCGGACCGAUUGCACCCCCGCAGAUGAUGACGCUCUCCAACCUGGCCGAGGAUCCCUUGCUCUACUGGCUCAAGUCGCAGCAGACGAUGCUGGGCCUGAACCAUCUGUAUCCGCCCACGAUUCCUCUGGGCGUGACCAGUCCCCCGAUCCGCUCUUCCACGCCCCAGCACAUGAGCCAGCAGCAGCCAGGCCAGACGCCGCCUAUACCCUCUGCUCCGCUGACACCAUCGUCCACGCCAUCGGGCAGCCUGGAUGAGAAGAAUGCGGCGUGGUACAACUGGUGCAAAGCCUUCGGAGCCAGCCUGCACACCCUGAAUCCCAAUGCCGCGACCCUGGCCGCCCUCCAGGCCAACUCCCUGCAACAGCAGGCGGCCAAUGCGGCAGCCGCCGAAGCAGGAGGCAGCGGCGACCCGUCCAACAUCCUAUACUCCCAUCUCACCAAAGAGACUGAGACGCCAUCGGUGCGCAGCCUGUCCUCCAACGAGCCGAAUGCCGAGGCCGAUGAGGCCACAGAAACCGAUCUCGAAGGCGAAGUGGAGACCGAGGCGGAGACGGAGGGCGCGGGAAAGCCAGAGGAUCUAUCGGCGGCCGGCAAAGUGAUGACGCCCUCGCAAAGUCCCGUGGCCAACUCUCCGCAAGGCAACAGUAGUCCAAGGACCAACAACCUAGAAGAACCACAAAAUGAUCCACAGAGUGACUGCAAGAAGAUUCUAGAUAAUAUGCUGUUUAAGAUAGGAGCACCGCUGAACCCGGAACCGGAAGCGGGUUGCGAGUCCGAGGGCAGCUUCAAUGACACGCACACGAACAAUAACGAUGUCAGCGCCAGCAAUAACAACAACAAUAACAAUUCCAACAAGACGGACGAGGAGGAGAAGGCCAGAUAUCUGCAGGAGUGCAGCGGAGAUGACGACGAAGAUGUGGAGGCCAUACGGCACGGCGAAAAGUUCCUGCAGUGGCUGGAGAAUUGCAGCAAUCCCCGGGUGACUGCAGUGCAACUGAUGCAGUUACGAUUCCUGAUCGCCGCCAUAAAGUCGGGAAACGAGAUGGCUCCCGUUCCUGUUCCCACACCCAACGCUGUGGCCGUGUCCUGCGAACCGGACAAUGCCGAGGACACCACCGGUGAGCUGGAGGAGAGCAGCAGCCGGGGCAAAAGCCGCCGCCGGAAAUAGGAAAAGCCAAAGUUGGCGCCCACGGAGCCAGCCACGGAUACGAAUACAAAUACGAAUGACUCGAGCCAGCCGGCGCUCCUGGGGGGCCCGGCUGGAGGAUCUAGCCAGGUGCUGGACCCCGCAUCCCGGUGCCAUGUGUAUGCGCCAGCCGUCUACCAAUCGUCGGCCACGUUACUAAGCUCCCUGUUCUUCCCCCCCUACGAAUUUGUACAUUGUGACCUCGACGACGACCCGACUGACGACGACUGCCAGAUCACGGGCGAGUACCAGCAGUACGACGAACUGAGCUCCAGCUCCAGCUAGACUAGGACCUGGACUCGGACUGCUCCUCCGAAUUUACGCGUAUCUCCUCUUCCUCCUCCUCCCAGCUGUGAACCUAUCGAGCCAGAGUUGGAUUCGGGCGCUUAACUACUUUCAGUCUUUUUCGAUUCAAUUCCAUUGUAUUAAUAUUAAUUAAUCGUACGGGUUAACAUAAGUGUAUAUAUCGAAGAAUCUCUCCUUGUAGCUAUUGUGCAUUAACAUUGUCAGUUCGCCCCCGAUUCCUGUGUUCUGUCCCCAUGCAUUCUAGAGAAAUGUUAUAGCCUUUAUUUUAUUUGUUACGCCCCAUUUCGACCUUUGAACCUGCAACAAGGCGCUGGCAAAGUGCAUUUGAUAUCAAGCGUUUUUAAAUUUCGUAUUAUGAUAAAUGCAAAUGUAAUAAGAAUGUGCUCAAAAGAAUUUUCUUAA